AUGUUAGACGAAGGACGUCUUCCACAUCGCCCUCACUUGGAACUGAGCUUUGCUCCUCCACAGGAUGAGAACGACCUACUAAGUACGCUUUCAACGGGUACAUUGAAGCUUCCGGAUGAUGAUGUCGUUUACACUUUUACCGCUUCGGACCUCCGGGACUGCGGUAAAAUUGGUAGUGGAAAUUUCGGGUCAGUGUAUAAAAUGAUACACAAUGAAAGCGGAAAAGAAAUGGCUGUUAAAAGGAUUCGUUGCAACAAUAUAAGCAGUCGUGAGCAGGAGAAGAUUAUUCGUGAGCAUGACACCAUAAUGCGAUCGGAAAAGUGUACAAAAAUAGUAAAAUAUUUUGGUGCCAUUCUUCAUGAAGGCGACUGUUGGAUUUGCAUGGAAUUUAUGGAUAUCUCGCUAGAUAUCCUUUAUAAGCGAGUCUAUAAUCUACACCAUACAAGAUUUCAUGAAAACGUCAUUGGACAUAUUGCCGUUUCUGUGAUCGAUGCGCUUGAUUACCUUAAGAGUCAAUUGAAGAUCAUACAUAGAGACGUGAAACCAUCAAAUAUUCUGGUAAAUAGAUGUGGUAUGGUGAAGUUGUGUGACUUUGGCAUCAGUGGUCAGCUGAUCAAUUCACUCGCGAAAACGCACGACGCAGGUUGCCAGCCCUACCUAGCUCCUGAGCGCCUAUCUCACUAUGGCCAGAAAUAUGACAUUAGAUCAGAUAUUUGGUCUCUUGGGAUCACUUUAUGUGAAAUUGCUAUUGGGAAGUUUCCCUAUCCGCCUUGGAAUUCAGUCUUCGAUCAGUUGAGUGCUGUUGUACAAGGUGACCCGCCAGUGCUAAGGAUGGACGGACAGUUUUCUCAUAGCUUUGUGACAUUUGUUAGCAAAUGCCUGACAAAAGAUUGCAAGGAUCGUCCUAAAUACCAAGCUCUUAAGGAAGAGAAUUUCUAUAAAAAGUAG